AUGAAGGAAUUCAAGGAGGAACUGAAGAGGAUACAACUGACUGACUUAAGGGAGAGAAGAAUUGAACAGGCCAUAACCAAUGCAAAGGAUAUGUGGGAAAUAACGAGGAGACUAAAACGGUCGAUGAGAAAUAAACCAUCAAGGUUCACAAAGUUAGAAGAAGCAAGGAUGGUGGAUUGAUGGAGAAUGCAGUAUGAAGAAAGGACUGGAACUGGGAUGUGUGAUCUGAACCAAAUCCUCCAUCAAAAGAAGAGGCUGAAGGAGCUAUUAAAGCAUUAG